UUUCCGUCGAUUGAUUGAAACCUGAAACAGUUGCUGAAGUUCUGCAUUUUUAAUUUUCCACGAAGCUCACGAGAUAAUUACAAUGACAUAAAAGAAGUAUUUGAGACGGAUCUUAUGUAAGAUACUGUGUUCAUGUAAUUUGGCAUUUGGAAUAAAAACAUUGUUUUUAGUGCAGAGGAUGGAAAACUUCACAAAGCCACAUCUUAAACGCUCUGAAUGUUUUAUGGUACUUGAGAGACUCCAACCAGAAACAGUGUACAGUUAUAUACAACAGUUAGUACAAACAGACCAAAGAUGUGACAGCUGCACUUGCAGGACACUAAAAAAAAAAAAAAAACACAGGACUGUCAUUUUUACAGACACUUGUGCUUUUAUACAAUAUUAUACAAACUGCUGUAAAAUCCUGAAAUAGAAGCUCGGUCCAGGCCGGUGACUCCUCUCUACUGUGGGUUUUGUGAGAACGUCCAACUAGGUGUUCAUCUAAACACACAAACUAGUCAUCAGAUUUCACUUCCAAACUCUGGAGGAAGUAACUGACUGACAGCUGAGGUCUGAAGCCUGAGAUGAGCCGUGGGCAGGUAACAGGGAGACACUUUUCCCUGUUUUCCAGUGGUCAUUGAAGGCAACAUAUUUUUCGACCGAUUUGGCACGAUUUUCGCUGAGCUUCUCCGCGCGUUAUCACUGCUGCUUGUGACUGGAUCAUUAGACAGAGAUCGUCCUCACACGCGGACGAGAGGCGUUUUAGCGCAGAACAGUGUCAUCCUGGCAGAUAAAGCCUUCAGGCAGGACUCCUCAGAGCUGAAGUGGCUCCACUAAUCAUCACACUCAGAUCAAUAACCCACUCUUUGUAGACACUGUCUUUUGGACAGAUAGUUUGUGGACUGUUGGACUAAUUCGACAGGAAACUGUUUGCCAGUAGUCUAUCAGCUUUCCAAAAGAUGAAUAAGUGCUAGCUCUCCGUCCAGCGUUUCCAUGCAACAGCGCGGGCGGCUGUGAGGAGUAGAUGCUGCUGCUGCUGCUGCUGCUCACAGCUCUGUAGAUGUGAUAAGGGGCUCUCUACAAACCCUGUGCGCCUUCGUAAAGCCAAUGGAGCAACAAGAUGAGCCGGUCGGACGCUUAAACCACCAUGAUAGCGCAGAGGAGCUCGGUUCUCCUCCCUUCUCCUCUUGUGAGCACUCAGGCAGCCCACAGCUGGAGGAACCGGCAAAGAUGAGGAGGAAUGACCACUACCUGCCAGUCCCCGGCGAAGAAAAGAACCUGGAUGUGGACUUUGCCAGCACUAAGCCCAGGAGCAAAGAGUCCAUACCAUUGAAAAACCUCUAUGCGGAUGACGGCUCGCCUCUGUAUCCUCACUUAGGCCCGUACUUCUCUGAUGGGCGGCGGCGUGUGGACUAUGUGCUGGCAUACCAAAUCCAAAAACCCAACAGCAUCCGGCGGCAAUCGUCCAGAUUUGGCGACACCAACUUCAUACGACGGCUUCGACGAAGCCUGAGCAUGAGAAGCAGCCGAGCUCCGCUGCAGCCAAAGGAAGACCCAGAGAUUGCUGCCCAGGAGCAGCGGACCGACUACCAUGAGGAUGACAAGCGCUUCAGGCGGGAGGAGUUUGAGGAAAACCUCCUGGAGACGGGGUUAGAGCUGGAAAAGGAUGAAGGGUGCAAGAUCCCUGGAAUUGGAUUUUUGAAGAUUCAUGCUCCUUGGAACGUUUUGUGUCGGGAGGCUGAGUUCAUGAAGCUCAAGAUGCCAACAAAGAAGGUUUAUGAUGUGAAACAAGGAAGCAAUGUGGUGGAGAAGAUCCGAUUGUUCAUUCACAAAGUUACAGCUCCUCUUCACCCAAAAGUAGAUGCCAACCGACCAGACAGCGUCAAGUCCCUCUCUCAUCCGUUCUCCAGAGAGAAGCAGCAUCUAUUCGAUCUGUCUGACAGGGACAAAUUCUUUGACAGCAAGACCAGGAGCUCGAUAGUCUAUGAGGUACUGAAGAGGACAAGAUGCACCAAAGCCAAAUACUCCAUGGGCAUCACCAGUCUGCUAGCCAACGGUGUCUACACGUCUGCCUAUCCGCUGCAUGAUGGAGACAUCGAGGGGGUGAACGCAGAACCUAAUGACAGGAAGCUGCUGUACGAGGAGUGGGCCAGCUACAGUGUCUUCUACAAGUACCAGCCUAUUGGGCUCAUCAGAAAGUACUUUGGGGAGAAGGUUGGACUGUAUUUUGCCUGGUUAGGAGUCUACACACAGAUGCUAAUCCCUGCUGCCAUCGUUGGAGUCAUCGUGUUCCUCUAUGGUUGUGCCACUGUUGAUGAUAACAUACCGAGUAUGGAGAUUUGUGAUCCCAGGAACAACAUCACCAUGUGUCCGUUGUGCGACCGCGCCUGCAGCUACUGGAAGUUGGUGACAGCGUGUGGAACAGCCCGGGCUAGUCACCUAUUCGACAACCCAGCCACUGUCUUCUUCUCCAUCUUCAUGGCCCUGUGGGCUGUUCUCUUCAUGGAGCACUGGAAGAGGCGACAGAUGCGACUCAACUAUAUCUGGGACCUGACAGGUUUUGGAGAGGAGGAGGAGGCCUUAAAGGACCACAACCGAGCAGAGUACGAGUUCCGGGUUAUGCAAAAGACAAUGAAACAGGAGCAUUCAAUCCCAAAGGAUGAGAAGGUGAAGCUGACAUGUACAGACAGAAUGCCAGCGUACCUGACUACAGUGGUCAUGAUGUGCUUCAUGAUUACUGUGACGUUCGCCAUAGUGUUUGGGGUCAUCCUGUACCGGAUUAGCAUCAAGGCAGCUCUGCACAUGAGCACCUACCCUGCAGCACGGUCCAACAUCCGAGCCACUGUCAAAACCACAGCAGCCAUCAUCAACCUCAUCGUCAUCAUCAUCUUAGAUGAAAUUUACGCCGCCAUCGCCCGUUGGCUCACCACACUAGAGGUGCCAAAAACAGACAAGAGCUUCGAGGAGCGCCUCAUCUUCAAAACUUUCAUCCUGAAGUUUGUCAAUGCCUUCACACCCAUUGUUUAUUUGGCCUUUUUCAGGGGCAGGCUUGUUGGGAGACCUGGAAACUACUUAUAUGUUGUUGGAUCAUACAGAAUGGAGGAGUGUGCCCAUGCAGGCUGUCUUAUGGAGCUGUGCAUCCAGUUGUGCAUCACCAUGUUAGGCAAGCAGCUCAUCCAGAACAACCUGUUUGAGAUUGGCAUACCGAAGCUGAAGAAGUUGCUCCGGAAGAGGAAGUCGGACUUGGACUCAAAGCAAGAGGAGGAGCUGAACAAGUCCCUGCAUCGCCACGAGAAAGACCACUUCCUGGGUCCAUUUGUUGGCCUCAGCCCUGAGUACAUGGAGAUGAUCAUCCAGUUUGGGAUGGUGACGCUCUUCGUGGCUUCCUUUCCUCUGGCGCCACUCUUUGCUCUUCUAAAUAACAUCAUUGAGAUUCGUCUGGAUGCCAAGAAGUUUGUUAUGGAGCUGCGCAGGCCGAUUGCAGCCAAAGCCAAAGACAUUGGUAUCUGGUACAACCUCUUGAGGGGCCUCAGCAAGGUAGCAGUCAUCGUUAACGCUUUUGUCAUCUCCUUCACGUCUGACUUCAUCCCGCGGCUGGUCUACCAGUACACGUACAGUCCUGACGGCACCAUGCACGGCUUCAUCGGUCACACUCUAUCAUACUUCAAUGUCAGUGAUUUCCAGCCUGGCACAGACCCUCUGCAGCCAAUGCACCUCGGCUACAAAGUAGACGUAUGCAGAUAUAAGGACUACAGAGAGCCGCCCUGGUCUAACACCCCAUAUGAACUUUCCAAGGAGUUCUGGGCCAUUCUAGCCGCUCGCCUCGCCUUUGUUAUUGUCUUUCAGAACGUGGUGAUGCUUAUGAGUGACUUUGUGGACUGGCUCAUCCCGGACAUCCCUAAAGACAUCAGCCUCCAGAUUCACAAAGAGAAGAUCCUUAUGGUGGAGCUCUUUAUGAAAGAGGAGCAGGGAAAAAGGCUUGCAGCUCGGGACAAAGAUGGCCAGGACAACUGCACUUCCCCUUCCUCAGCCAAUGAGAGCCCGCCACAGCCCCGCUCACGACCUGUUUCACAUGCUAACUGCUGUUAAACUGCUAGCUGCUGGGGUCUGGAAAAACAAGCACAAACAGCAAUGAGCAAACACAACAAACUGUAAAUACAGGGGCUGACUGGUAAAGGUUAGAACAGUUAUCCAUUAAUAUAAGGUCAGUUUUGAAUCGUCAGCAGAGCUUUUGCUGCAAUUACAUUGUUUGGGAACAUUUGCAGGACUUAAACUUUUGAUGUGCUCACAUUAGAAUUAGAAUCCCAAUUUAAGAUGUUACAUUUUACUCACAUUUUACAUCUUCAGCCAUUAACUCAAACUCCAGCAAGUAGUACACAGACAGUACUUUGUCACAGAUUUAUGAACUCACAACCGUAUUUAUUUGAAUGGAACAAGCCAUUAGCUUGAUGGAGGAAAUCAACUUUCAGGACAUCGAAGAAGCAGUGAUAAACUCCACCUGCGGUAGAUUUUAAAGCCUCUCCCAGAGGACAUGAUUUCCCAAUGAAGACAGCCUCUGUCAGUCCGUCCAAAUGGUCCUGCUGAGAAGAGCUUCCUUCUGGUAUCUUAUUGUAAGAUCCAACAGAAAAAGAGAUCUUCUCUCCUAGCAUUAGUGUGUAAAGCUAAACAGGCCUUUUUUUAAAUUUUUUGCACAAUUAUGUACAAAUGCAGGAAUUUAAUGAUGUGCUUUUUGUAUAUGCAACAUGGUCAAGCACAUGUGCUUUUGUUGUUGGGAUGAACAGCAGGUUUUGGAAAACCUGUUGAUUUAUACUACUCUCUUGUAUGAGCACCAUAUUGCUUUUUAUUACGUUUGUUACAUUUGUAGUACGAUCAAACAGCCUGACAGGGUUCAGUGAUACAAUUCCUGGAAGCACAAGUCACAUUAUUUUUCACACUAAUGAACUGGAAUUCUUAAAAGUACAAUUGGCAAGAUUUAAAGUGUAAACACAAAGAUGUCAUGCUCCAUCUCACUUUGAUGAGAUGCUGUAAAUACAUAUCGUGUGUCCUUGCUAAACUCUGGUAUUGGGUAUGGGCAGAAUCUUUUUGACACAUUAAUUCAUGACUUGCAAACAGCUAUUGACACAUCCAGCACAACAUUAGCGCCCAUUUGGAGCAUUUCAGUCCAGUAUUUACUGUUCUCUGCCUCUUUCAUCUUUUAUUAACUCUUAACAAGGUACUUACCCUCAUCUGAGCUCCUUACAGACGUGCACUCUUCUCCGAUAAUCUGACGGCAUCUGAACGUGGGGACUUCGUGUCUGAAUGAAAACCUUGGUAGCUUUUCCAUAAAAGUUGUGAUGUGAAUCUUAUUCGGUCAGAUUUAUUAACAUUUGCACAUUACUUUAAACACAGCACAAGUCUAAACUGUAUGCGGUCGCAUUAACAAAUAGGCAAAGCUCAAGCAGUGCACUUCAAGUUGUGUGAAGUGAUUUGAGGAAGGCUUUUUUCACCUUUUAGCACCAUUACUGGUCAACAAAUAUCACACAGAGCACAAAAGAUAUAGUGUAGUACAAAAAUCACAAAACCCCUUUCUCAUUCACUUUGCUUUAGAAUUUUAUAUCUAUUACAAACAAAUGUCCAGAAAAUGGACAUUUCAGAUAUUAUGCAUACAGCUGAUACAGUUUCUAUCUUCAUCUCCAUAAGACAGAUCAGGUCAGAUUAUUGAUACUCACCAGUAAUGAUUGUAAUCUAGGUUUUCACUAAACAUAAACAGGAGCUGAAGUGUUGUUGCUUCCAGCUGUUCGUAGGAGUCUUUCUUCUGAGUUUAUGAAAUACCUGCAGCAUCAGACAGCAGCAGGAUCCAUAUGAAUGUCUUCAAAAAGAGAAAGAGUUUCACACAUUUACACAUGUUGAACAACAUCAGUAACUUUAUUAAUUACUUUCAAUUAUUAAUUAUCCCCAACAUGGAGGCAGGAUCGAUCAGGAUCCAAGAACAAGUCGCACUUUGAACUUCUCCUAACAUCAGACAGUAGAGUUGUCCCACUAACAUGCAGUUUACAUCAUUUAUUAGAUAGCGGCCAUCCUCAUGUUGGGUCCUGAGCUCCGUCACAGCUGUCGGGGCAUUUCUGUUUUAAUGUCAGUAAAGCAAUAGAUAAUCAUCACACAUGGACGGAAUUAUUUAGUGUUGAGGAAAUCGUUAAUAAAGUAGGCUGUUAGUUAUGUGGACAGUUUGAUAAACUUGCUUUUGUCUUUUGUUUAUUAAUGUUUAAGUAUAAGGCAUUACUUGAUGUCAAAUAUUACAUGUACCGUGGCUCUAUCAUCACUGUGGUGGGGAUGUCUGAAUGAGACUGUGAUAAGCAUUAAGGUAAAAAUGACCUAUUGAUAACAGAUUGACAAAGCAGCAAUGUUACGUAUCCCAUGUCAGAAAAGGGCUUAGUAGUGUGGGGCUGGGCAGUUAGAGUGCAGUCACUUUCUUUUUUUUUCUCCAGAGAAAAUGGCUUACUGCUGCUGUAAAACAACGUGCAGCAAGUCACCAAAAGUCUCUGUGAAGAUGAGAUGAACUGCAGUUUGUCAUUAUGAGCAGCGCCUGUUACAUUACACAUAGUCAUGAUCUAGUGUUAAUGUUAAAACAAAUGGUCAGUGCAGCUUUUAAAGUGCUUUAGUCUCCAUGACUCCAAAUGAAUGCUAAUGUUGUUCUGUCUGGUGAAUGUAUAAUUAUAUGCAACUGUCAUAUCAUUGUCUUCUUUUCGCUCCUGCCUCUGUUCGUGUAGGUUUGAAUACCUGCAUAGCUCUCUAUUUACAGGAAGAGAAGCUGUCGUGUCUUUUGCAUCAUCAGCAAACUGUCCAAGUGCAGUAUAUUGAUGUCACCUUGUCUUCAGUUCAAAUUCCUGUCAUUCCUGCAAGCACCAAUGGGAAAUGUUGGCCUUUGCAGCUUCACAGAGCCCAGAACUGAUUGAACCAAAACAUCCGGCCACAGCUCCUCAGAUGCUCAGAUUUAGGGGUUUCUGAGUAAAGUCUUCUCCCCAGAAAGCAGAUCAUAGUGGUAUUUGGUAAUGCAAGCUAGGUAGUUAGCAUAGAGUUAGCACCUGUAAAUAAAAUGUAAUUGUCCAUUUCAAAUGUGUGUUUAAAUAUUUACCACACAGGUUUGCCGACAGAUUUAAAGUUGUGUAUUGAAAUUGGAACUGAAUGCACUUGUGGUUAAAGUCACAUGCAGUGUUAGGUGUAAACAGUUCGUGCCAUUGUCCUCACGUGACAUCUAAAGACUACGUCCUGGUACUGGUGGGACUGGGGAAUCUUGCUUAUCGAUAUGAGAUUCUAAUUUAGAGGGACUUCACAUUUAGUUUUUUUGCGAAAGGAGAAAUUUUGUGAUGUCUCUAAAAUGCCAGGGUCUUUCUCAGUGGCACUUGAGUGACAGUUGGUGAUGGAGGUGACAGCGUUAUCGACUCUCUCUGCCUUAUAUUCUUCAGCUGCUCCAGGGAUUCAAACCAUGAACUGAUCAUCUUCUGAACUAUCAUCGACUCAUUGUAGUUUACCUUUCAGUGGUCUUCAUACAAAGGGAUUUAUCAGUCAAACCUGGCAGAGCAACACUGUUUCAACAUUAUUAUCUUGCCUUAUAUACUAACAUAAUAAAUCGUCUGGCAUUCAACCGAAGCUGCGGCUCUUUAGCUAUUCAAGCACAAAGACUGAAUGAUAUUUUCUUUUGUAUUUAUCAAACUGCAAAAACAUAUGUGGGAGUGACUGGAUGACAUAUUGAAGAAUGGAAGUGUAGUAUUGUGAUAUAGACAAAGGUCAAGUCUACAGUGUGUAAUCCACCUCUUGCUGUAAAUAUAUACAGUCACCUAAAAUUUAAGCCCUCAGCUCAGACUUAUAGAAUGUAUGAUUUAGUUUUUUGUUUUUUUUUAUCGUCAAUGAAUCAUGAGCUUGAGGUCAAAAUAUAUCUGUUGUACAUUUGUCUUUUAUUUACAUGACAAUGCAUUUCUAAGUGUAUCUAACGUGUUGACAGGGUGUUAUCAGCCCACAGGGGACCAGUGAUCUGCCAACUAAAGACUUUCACAAAGACAGUAAUGAGCUUCAUCUUAUUGUAUCCAUUUAAAAUCAUCAUUUAAUAAUCUAGGAACCACCAAGAUGGACAUUUGUUGCUGUGUCUGGAAGGAUGCCUGGGAAAACAUCUUCUAAUACAGCUUACAGACAUUUUAUCGCUAGAGAUGUUACUUCUUUCUGGGCGAUGACAAAAACUGCACAUUUUAUUUUUUACCAAAUCAUUUUCCUGGUAGUACUGUGUGUAACUAGGCUAGUGUUGAUAUUCAGUGAUAGAUUAUGUGUUGCCAGAGGGCUUUAGAGCCUGGUUAGAGCCUCUAAAUAUCCUUUACCUUGCUGUCACAUGUGAAGACCCUUCCUUGGUGUCCUCAUGAGAUGACCUUCCCCUGCCAUCUUGUGUCAUGUGGCAUUUACAACAUCAGUUAAAUGCUACACGUUGUAACAUGCUAAUACCUGUCCUAAUGUAUGUCAGAGCACAUUCCACAACAUGCCUGAGUGCAUCUGCAUGUAUAACCAACUAGUCUGUCUCUGAUAUUUUGCCUUUUUUUGUUGUUUUAACUAACUGCAAAUAAAGCAGAGGUGAAUUGCCUGAGUGGA